AUGGCCGGCCGUGCACUCCGCCGGCUGACCGACGUUGCUGCGACGGUCCCGGCCCAGAAGUCUCAGGCUGGCGCCAGUGAGGCGGCGCCUGACGAUGGAUCUCCGCGAGAGUCCACAAUGAUGAAUGCCGAGCGGAUGCGGUUAUGUAACAGCGCGUCAGCAUCCCGGCUCCUCAAGGCGACCAACUACAACGAACCGAAACGGAAGAGCAUGCUGCACGAUGAUGACGAUGAGUUGGAGAGCGAUGUGAAGCGUGGCCGUGGACAUGGGAAAAUAGGCCCGACGUAUGGCGGCCUGGAGAGAUGA